AUGGCCACAGCAGUGCACCAAGGCGCGCCGCAAACGAAUGGCGUAGCGAGGAAGCAGCCAGCUCCCCGAGCUCCCAUCAAGAAGCCAUACACGCCUGCCGCCACACAGACCAAGAAGCCGAUGCCGAAUGGAGUGGCGCGAGGACCGCAGAAAGCAGCGCAGCCCGUUCAGAAGAAGGCCGCAUCGGUCGCAGGUGAAAGUCCCAGCAAUGGAGUGACGUCCGCAUAUGCCAUUAUGGCGUCGAGAAUAGCAAACCGAGUGGCCGAGAUGGCGGAGAGCAUUACCUUUGUGGAACGACCCAAGCCCAAGGAGCCAGAUGCGCCGGUGUCCGAAGAGAAGAAGCGGCCGCGAAAGCUCGAAAUGCGUCUGGGCCAGUCCUCCGCCGACCAAAUCGCCUUCUCUGCCCCUUUCCUCGACAACACCCUCCAGAAGAUGCUUCAGCUACAGAACCGGAUGCUGAAGACGACGGCUGACCUGUCCAAGGCAGGAGGUGUGGAUGAGCAUGUCAUCAAGGAGCACGCCGCACAGAGUGCAGAGCUGAGUCGGAUCAUCGCGUUGAUCUGUGCCGAGAAGGCUCGACAAGGAGCGUAA